AUGGUCGUCUAUGAAUUGUUUCGUCGGAGAGAACGAUUGUCUGCCCAUGCAAAUUUCUAAUUCUCAGCCACAAAGAUUCAACUAAGUUCGAUGUAUUUUAGUCUUACAGAGCAUAUGCUUCGAUACACUAAAUGAGACACCUCAUAGAUAUUCAAGCGAAUUAGCAAGUGUCAUACACCGUUGCGUGCAGUCAGAUAAAACAGAAAAAUAUUUGAAAGACGCUCCCCUAGUAAGAGAUCUAUCAAUUCCCUAAAAGGCUGCUUGAUGUAUCUUACCAAAAUCCUACUAGGACUCGGCAUUUUAUGAUCUCAGAGCACUAAAAAGUUGCAGGAUUUGGUAGAAUCCUGUCGGAAUCAUAAACAAAUUUACGCGAAAUUCUAGUACGAUUCUAACAUAUAAGAUGUCAGUAGGAACUUAUUAGGAUCCUAGACGGGUCAUAGUAGGGUCCUACAUACUAGGAUCCUGUAGAAUCUCAGUAGAAAAUAAGUAGAACGCGAAAAUACUCUGUCUAGUGGUUAUCUUUAUCAGUGUAGGGUUCUGCCGAAUGGCAAUUGUUACAAGAACUAGCCGAAGAAGCUGUAUUGUACGUCACAACGUAGUGAGUAUGCUGCCAACAGGUGAUCUACGGCACUAAUACUUAGCCAGUUUGUACAUGGUUAUUACAUGAUCUGAAGGCGCCGAGAUACGAUCAUAGUGCCUUUAAAGUACAUGAUGAAGAACAUAAUCAUUACGUGAAGCCUUAAAAUAGAUAGGACGUGUGUAGGAUUUUGUCCUGGGCCAUGCCUACAAAAUAUAUCUCUCAAAACCGUUGUCUUACAUUCUUUUGUGGCUGUUUUACUUGUCACUUCCACAGAAUCUACCGUACACCUUAUACAAACCCUCUGUUUUUCUCCUUGUUUUAGAAUAUUAUUGUUUCAACUAUGAGUAAUGAUGACAAUGAAUAUCCUGUGGGAACGGAAGUGCACGAUGGUAUUGGUCCGAUCGAAGAACAACUGAGUAUAGAAGCUGUUGAUCAAAUAAGAACUAAUCCACGACUUCGUUCAGCUCUAGCUACAGCAGCACAUUCCUCAAUGAACAGUUCAAACAGAAGUAAGAAUAUUUUUUCUGUUGUCUUCUACUGGUUGUCUAGUAUAAUUUGAAAAAUUUUACUUAAAAAAUCGUUAGGAAACAUCUUU